AUGAAACCUUCGCAAAAUCACGUUUACCUCAGUUUAAUAAAUGUUUUCUCUUUCGACUCCAAACAUUCAGUCACCAUGCUCAGAACUAACUAUUUCAAAGUAGACGAAGAUGUAAAAUUCAAAAUUUACAAAGAAUUUAAUAUAAAUCCCGAGCACGUACAACGUGACGUUCAGAUUAUCAAAGAUUGGGUAAAACAGCAGCCACAUUUACCCGAAAAAAUCGAAGGUGGGUUUUCAACAGUCCUCAAACCUUUUAACGCCUUAUUUUUAGAUGACUUCAUUCAGAUAUCGUUGAUUCGUAGCAAAUUCAAAAUUGAAACAACGAAAGAAAAUAUUGAUAAGUACUAUACUUUGAAGGGGAGGAAAGUGGACGAAAUUUUAAAAAUUCCUUCCGAAAUACCGGAUGGAAAGAAACAAUUUUUUUUCAUAACGCCUUUGCCACAACUCACUGAUAAUCUUGAAAGAAUCAUCAUCUUCAAGGUGAAAAAUGCAGCUCUUGCCAACGAAAAUGAUAUUUUAAAUUUUUUUAAAUACUGUCUUUUUAUGAACGAGUUUGCAAUUCGUUGCGAUUAUAGCUUGAAUGUUCGACUUGUUGAAGAUCUGGAAGGACUUACGAAAGAUGUUUUCCUGAAAUGUGCGAAGACAAUAGGACACAUAUUUAAACCGUACAACGAAGCUUAUUUUGCUCGAAUCGCUGGUAUUGAAUUUCUUAACGCGCCUCCAUUUUUUGAACUUGUUGUCAAGUCGAUAAAGUCGCCACCUAUGAAUAUGGUUCUAGGUGAAAAACUUGCAAACAGAAUUAAUAUUCACAGAGAUUACGAAUCUCUUCAUAAACUUGUAAAUAAGGCUUCCUUGCCACAAGAAUAUGGUGGAGAUUUACAGAGUCCAUUAUCCGAGAUGGAUGAAAGUUUCAAAGCAGAAUUGAGAAAAUACAUAAACAGCCUUGAUCAAUUCUUGAUUAAUGAAGUAGCAGAUGAAAGUAAAAGAAUUGGUGAAGUGAAAUAUAACGAUUCUUUUGGACCCGACGGUACUUUCAAGAAUUUAUGUGUUGAUUAAAAAAAAUGAUUGACAGUUUUCGACCUAAAUAA